GGGAGCAUCCUGUGUGAGAAAAGGCAGCAGCAUCUACAGACUGGAUCCGAUGCUGGAUGGUGGCAUUCUCAGAGUGGGUGGGCGUCUGAGGAGAUCAGCAAUGCCAGAGGAAAGGAAACACCCUGCCAUUCUGGCCAAAGACCACCACGUGUCCACUCUGAUCCUGCGCUACAUCCAUGCUCAAACUGGACAUGGAGGAAGGAACCAUAUGCUAUCCCAGAAAGAACAGAGGAAAACCUGGUGAACAAAAGAUGGCUGAUCUGCCAGGUGAAAGACUUGUCACAGACUUGCCACCAUUCACGAACGUUGGUCUUGACUACUUCGGCCCUUUUGAGGUGAGAAGGGGCAGGAGCAUGCUGAAAAGGUAUGGCGUCAUCUUUACCUGCAUGACCAGCCGAGCAGUACAUCUGGAGGUGGCCUGUUCUUUAACCACAGACUCGUGCAUCAAUGCCAUCAGACGUUUUUUGUGUCGAAGAGGCCCAGCACAACACAUGAGAUCCGAUCAUGGCACUAACCUUGUAGGUGCAGAGAGAGAGCUGAGAGAAGCACUUCAAGCCAUGGAACACAGAAAGAUCCAACAAACUCUAAGGAAGGAGGGAGUUCAGUGGAGCUUCAAUCCCCCCACUGCCUCUCACCAUGGUGGGUUCUGGGAACGCCUCAUCCGAAUGGUAAGGCAUGUCCUAUGUUCAGUAUUGAAGCAGCAAACUUUAGAUGAUGAAGGCCUAACCACUGUUUUCUGUGAAGUCGAGGCAAUUCUCAACAGCCGGCCUAUAACAAAAGUAUCUGAUGACCCACAAGAUUUAGAAGCCCUAACUCCAAAUCACAUACUUCUGUACAGAACUAACCCACUUCUGCCCCCUGGAGUCUUUUCAAGUUCUGACCUUUACCACAGAAGACGCUGGAGACAGGUCCAGUAUAUAGCCGAGCUAUUCUGGAAGAGAUGGCUGCUAGAAUACCUCCCUCUCCUCCAGGAAAGACAAAAGUGGUCAAGAACCAGAAGAAACUUCGUCCCAGGCGACAUUGUACUAAUAGCAGAUAGCAACGCUCUUCGCAGUUCCUGGCUACUGGGAAGAGUCUUAGAGGCCAAGCCUGAUGCCAGAGGCCAUGUCCGUGUGGUGAAGCUACAAACUAAGACGAGUGUACUGGAGAGGCCAGUGUCCAAAAUCUGCUUACUGCUCGAGGGUGAUGACUGUAAGGUAAAACCAUGAACGCCGAAAGAGUUCAAGAUAAGUGAAUUUAUUCACUUUGAGUUUAUAUUUUGAGAUCAUUAUAAGAUUGCCUAAUGAUUGAAAAUACCUAAACUGCGAAUAGAAAUGGCUCCUUUGUAAUGUAAAUAAUUGUCUUUGCCUCUACAAACACAAUUAGGGGCCGGUAUGUAGGAGCCAAAUUAACCUUUAUGUUGAUUCUUAUGUUAUCUCUCUUUAUUAGUAUGUGCAAGUGUGUGUGUGUGUG